AUGUCUGCCACUCAUCAUCAUCAUCCUGGAGAUCAUUCCUCUGAACCUCGAGAUCCAAUCAUGGAAGAUGAUCACUUUUCUUUAAGAUAUGGAAAUCCUAUCCAAGUGAUCCAUGAUCGACCCAAACCCCACCAAGAGUCGUUUGAACCAAGCAAAGAGCAUGCCCCUGCUACCUUAUCUUCCGUUGUUAAUACCACUACAAACUUGCAACCGCCAAAGGAACCAACGAUCAAGAAAGCCCCUAGCUUUGAACGUGAUUGUACAAGCUUUGCCGAGUUCGUUCAUAAAGGCGGUAUCGUUAGCGAGAUUGAUCACUGA